UAUAAUGGUUCCCACUGUCUGUGUUAUAAGGUCCCAUAAGAAAAAAAUUGAAAGUUCUCCGUCAAUGAUCUUUCCUCAGGGCAUGGUUACUACGAAAGUGCUGCCAUCUGCCCACACAAUCUCUAACUGAAUGGCUUACUGCAGAAACGAAGAAUUCACGUUUUAAUGGCGGAAAUGCAGAUUAAUGUAAAAUGACACGCAAACCAUGUUUCGUUUUUAAUUGUAAAUCUUCUUAUAACAAAGAAAAUGAAAGUCUUGCGUUUUUCCAUCCAUCGAAGUUGUGUCUAAAUUCCUGGCAGGAAAUUAUUAAAAAGCCAGGACUCACUUGCCAGUCCAGAAUUUGCAGUAUUCAUUUUGAAGAGAACGACAUACUCAAAGGGAGAGAAAUUCAAGGCGUGUUUUACAGUUAUCCGAAAUGGAAAUUAAAAUCAGGUGCUCGGCCCAGUAAAUUGCUAGGAAAUGAUGUCAGCGUACUCGAAAGACCUGCUGCAAAGAAGUAUGUUCACAGUGAUAGGUUUAAGUCACCAUAUCGAAAUAUAACAGCAAAGUCUAAAGCUGCUAAUCCUAAGCUGCAGUUGGACAAUCAAUCAUUUUUGUCGAAUAACAACACCAAUGUAUUGAUCCCAUCACAUGCAAAGAAGUCAACGUCAAAUAGCAUAGCUAUACACCAACUUGACGCUGAAAAAGGAAAAGUAAAUGAUAUGGAAGCAGCUGAACCUGUGGCAUUACCAUGUGUAACAACAGAAGACAUGUUCCAGGAACCUACUUCUGAUACACUCCUACACAUUCCACCUGAAAAAGAACUACAAUCUGAAUCUGAAUCUCAAUUGAGAGUAGAAUUUGAACCAAAUGAUAUGGAAGUGGAUGAACUGAUUGGAGCACCGGGUGAAAUGACAGAAGAAAUGUUACAAGAAAAUUCAGAACAAACAGCACGGGAGACAGAAAUGGAAGGAUACCUUGACCCAGCUACAUACACUGAUGUUAUUGCGAGAGUCAAACUACCUUCCUCUUCGUGGAUGUGGCAAGAAGAUAAGGUUAACAAAACCCUCGUGUGUUUCAGUCAUUCAUUUUCUCCAGAUCGCAAAAUUGUAAUAAAAACAAUCUCAGUUGUCUCCAUGAAUAAGGUGGAAUUGUUCCUCAAUGGAAAACAAAUGUAA